AGGCAGCGCGGUUGAGUGACUCCCUCAUCCGGAGGGGACACCCCCACCCCAGCCUGCGGGGCGGGGGGCGACUCGCCGGUAGCACAGGCAGCGCAGAGUGCGGGCUACCGCCGUCCCGGGACAGGGCAGGGGUGGGGACGCAGCCGCUGUCUUCUCGCCGAGUGGGAGAGCGGAGCGAGGAGGGAAGCCGGCGCCGGGCCCCUCUCUCUCUCUCUCUCCCUCCCUCCGGCCGGCCGGCCGGAGCCAUGCGAAGCUGCGUGAGGGUUAAGGGGGUUGCGGGCUGGGCUACCCCGCUGCUCCUGGUCUGGCAGUGGCUGCCCACGGCGCGGCCCUACAACCUGGACACUCAGCACCCGCUGCUUUUCCAGGGGAACAACGAGACCUUCUUCGGGUACUCGGUUCUCCUGCACAGCCACGGCGAGGAAAGAUGGCUUGUGGUGGGUGCCCCCCGGGCCAACUGGCCCGCCAACAUCUCAGUGGCCACCCCUGGGGCAAUUUUCCGGUGUCGAAUUGGGAAUAACCCCAGCGGACGAUGCGAGCAGCUCCAGCUGGGCAACCCCAAUGGAGAGCGCUGUGGGAAGACUUGUCUGGAAGAACGUGAUAACCAGUGGCUGGGGGUCAGCUUAUCGAGGCAGCCAAAAGAAAACGGAUCCAUCGUUGCUUGUGGACAUAGAUGGAAAAAUAUCUUUUACAUGAAAAAUGAACACAAACUCCCGUAUGGUAUUUGUUUUGCUGUCUCUUCUGAUUUUCGAACUGAACUGAGCAGAAGAAUAUGCCCAUGCUAUAUAGAUCAUGUGCGAAAGUUUGGAGAAAACCAUGGGUCAUGCCAGGCUGGGAUGUCUAAUUUUUAUAUUGAGGACUUAAUAAUAAUGGGAGCCCCAGGAUCAUUUUAUUGGACUGGUUCUGUCUUUGUGUACAAUACAACUGCAAAUACAAUCCAUGCUUAUACGGAUUCAAAUAACCAAGUGAAAUUUGGCAGUUAUUUAGGAUACUCUGUUGGAGCUGGACACUUUCUGACACCAGACAGUAUAGAAGUAAUUGGAGGGGCUCCCCAGCAGGAGCAGACUGGUAAAGCAUACAUUUUUAGCAUUGAGAAGCAACUGAAUAUUCUAUUUGAACUAAGGGGGAAAAAGUUGGGUUCUUACUUUGGAGCUGCAAUUUGUGCUGUGGACCUGAAUUCAGAUGGCCUCUCAGACUUGCUAGUUGGUGCUCCAAUGCAAAGUACUAUCAGAGAAGAAGGAAGAGUUUAUGUUUAUAUCAAUUCAGGUUCUGAGGCAAAGAUGGUAGAACUGAACAUAGAGCUCAGUGGGAGUGACUCAUAUGCAGCCAGGUUUGGAGAGUCAAUAGCCAAUCUAGGAGACAUAGAUAAUGAUGGCUUUGAAGAUGUAGCAAUUGGAGCUCCACAAGAAGAUGAUCUAAAAGGGGCUAUUUAUAUAUACAAUGGCAGGGAAGAUGGAAUUAGACCCUCAUUUUCACAGAGAAUACAAGGACAUCAAGUCAGUAACUCUUUAAGCAUGUUCGGGCAAUCCAUAGCAAGUGGCGUUGAUGCAGAUAACAAUGGCUACCAAGAUGUGGCAGUUGGUGCAUUUCUCUCUGAUUCUGCUGUGGUUCUGAGAGCAAAACCAGUGAUAAUUGUUGAAGCUUCUUUAAAACACCUUAAUUCAGUAAAUCGAACUAAUUUAAACUGCAUGGAAAAUGACCAGCCUGCCGUCUGUAUGAAUUUGAAGAUAUGUUUUACCUACACAGGACGAGAUGUACCUGGUUAUAUUGUACUGCUUUAUAAUCUGAGUGUUGAUGUGAACAGAAAAAUGGAUACCCCAGCAAGAUUUUAUUUUUCCUCCAAUGGAACAUCUGAUACAAUCUCAGGAAAUGUCAAGAUUUACAGCAAGAAUAUUGCCUGCAAAGAUCACCCAGCAUUUAUGAGGAAAGAUGUAAGGGAUAUCUUGACCCCUGUAAAUGUUGAAGCACGUUAUCACCUGGGGCAUCACAUUCUACAGAAAAGAAACGCACAGGAAUUUUCACCGCUUCAACCUGUUCUUCAGCAGAGGAAAGAAGAAGAUGUUAUAAAAAGCAAGUUUGUUUUUGCCAGAUUUUGCUCCCAAGAGAAUUGUUCUGCUGAUUUGAGAGUUUCUGGAAAAGUUGCUUUUCCAAAGCCUUAUGAUAAGAAAACAUAUCUUGCUGUUGGAAGCAUGAAGACUUUAUUAUUGAAUAUUUCUCUUCUUAAUGGUGGAGAUGAUGCAUAUGAAACUGUUCUCCACAUUCAACUCCCUAAAGGUCUUUAUUUCAUCCGAGUUUUAGAUAUGGAAGAAAAGCAGAUAUAUUGUGAUGUAUUAGAUAAAGAACUUCAUACAGUAAAACUUGAAUGCAGCGUUGGUGAUUUAUAUGUUGAUCAAAAAUCAAAGCUGGAUUUUAGUUUCCUCUUGGAUGCAAGCUCAUUUACCAGAGCAGAAGAUGACCUCGACAUCAUCAUUAAUGCUACCUGUAAAAAUGAAGAUGGGCACAUGUUGAUGGAUAACACGCUAAGCUUAGCCAUACCUCUGAAAUAUGAGAUUGAGUUAAAUACUCAUGGGUUUGUGUCACCAGCUUCAUUUGUUUAUGGGACAAAUGAGAAAGAUUUGCCAGUUACAUGUAUGAAGGAGAACAUCAACUUCACUUUUCAUGUUAUCAGUGCAGGACCAAGCAUGGCUCCAAACACAAACUUCGAGAUAAUGAUACCUAAUGCUUUUCCACCCCAUGACUUCAAAUUAUUCAACGUGCUGGAUAUCAAGACAACAGUUGGACAGUGCUCCUAUAAUAAAUAUCCCAGAAACUGUAGUGCAGCAGAAAAAAAUGAAAACAUACUGAAGGAUGUUGUCACUUUCUUUUCAAAGCCUGCUAAGAGACAAAUGUACUGCAUGAAAAAUGACAGCCUUUGCUUACAAAUACAUUGCAAGCUUGGAAACAUGGAAAGUGGGAAAGAAGCAACAGUUCAGUUGCAGCUGGAGGCUACUCCUUCACUUUUAGAAAUGGAUGAUGUAUCAACACUGAAGUUUGAAAUAAGAGCAACAGCCUCACCAGAAAAAAACGUUAAAGUUAUCGAACUCCACAAGGACAAACAAGCUGCAUAUGUCUAUUUGGAAGGAGUGCACCACCAAAAGCCAAAAUACCAUGUUACUGUGCUAAUCAUUGGCAUAGGCUUAAUAGUUGGUGUUACCUUGCUUUUGAUUCUUUCACUUCUAUUAUGGAAGGUACAACCCCAACACUGCAGAGACUUACAAAUCCAGGUAAAGCAGAACCAGAAAAGUCAAAGGUGGAUCCAAACUGGGACUUCUGUGGGGCAGCCUGGAGAUGCAGCACAGAAGCCUCCUUCAACUGUAGAAAGAGUAAUGUAUUUGAGAUCAUCAUUUGUAGCCAUCUUGGGCUGGGACUUGCAAACAUGAGCUGUUUCAUCCUUUCCUCAGUUACUGCUGUCAUGAUGUUUUAGACUUCUCCAAUGACAAUUUCUCUGUGGGGUUUUUUGAAGCAAGUAUUUAUUUUUAUUUAUUUGAAGAUUUUUCUAUAGUACUGGGCAUAGUUGUAUUUAGUACAGGCAUCCUUCCAGGACAUGAAGAAACCCCAAAGACUUCACAUGAUGACAAAAUAGUGAAACACCUACCCAAAAGAUUCCAAAUAGCAACCUUCCUGGGCCAAAUUUUAUCUUUAGAUGUGCCAUCUUUUGCCUGACAGUACUUAGUGAGGAAGUAAUUUGGAGAGCUAGCUUGGGUUCGGAGGAAGCUGUCAGAUAAAUAUGAUCCAAAACAGGCAUCCUCAGGAGCCAUUCUGGAGAAGCAAAUGACUGAAUAGAAACAUGGUUCAAACCACUGUUCUGCUAUUACAGGAAGUUUCUUCAGCUAGAUUAAGUUUGCACUGCCACCUAGCUUUGGAGAAACAGUACAAGCCAGGGGAAAAAAAAACUUGUUACUUUGCUCCCCAGCACAACUGGAGAACGUACAACUUCUUCAGUAACUGAAUUAACUGCAAGAGCAGGAUGGCCUUUUUUGCUGUGCCUUUGAUGUCUUUCUGAACUGCAAGGAGAAAUGAAUGUAAUAUCUACAUACACUUUGAAGCUGCACCAUCUUACAGGAAUUAGCCUGAGACACAAAAGCAAAUGGAGUGCCUUCGAAAAGCACUUUUGCUAAUAGAGUGUUUGGUGCCAUAAAAGUCAUAUUGUCCACAGCCUCUAAAGUUAUUUGGGACCAUUUUGUAAUUUCCUUUCACUGUUUGAUGCCAAAGAUGUGGAUUACGCUGAAGUAAAUAUUCUCUCUCAAAUCUUUUGCAGUGUAAGGACAAACCAAAGUGCAUAUAUUAAAGAAAAUCUACACAACAAGAAACUCGCACCCCCCAAAACCAAAAUAAAGUCAAAUAUUUUCUUGUAAGUCUCUGAAAAUAGACACAAAAUGCUUAUCUUCCAAAUUUCUGCACUUUAACAAAAGUACCUUUGAAUAGAAAUUGAUUUGGUAAGUAUAUACCUCAAGUACUGGAAGAAGCAUUAACAUUCUUUUUUGUACAAACAAUGCAAAGAAGUGAAACCAAAGCAUUCUUUUUUUAAUCUCUGAAAUGGUUUACAUAAGGCAGUAGCUGUAAUAAUACUGCCUUGGAAAUUGUAUGCUUCCUACUCAGAUUUUAUUACAAAGAUGUAAAUGUUGGCUACCUAUUCUUAGGUCAUGAAGCAAAAUUCAAUUAGCUUUUAUAAGCCAGAUUGUCAAAAAUGAAUGUACAAUGUCCUGCUGGUGGCAAGGUUAUAAAUUAUCAUUCUGUUUCAUGCUAUUAAAAAGAACUCCAACCCAUUAAGCACAUGAAUGCUAUUUCUUCUGCAAGUUCAAUUAUUUUGUUAAUGUUCACUUAUGUAAUAAAAUCAGGUAAAUCUA